AUGCCCUUCCUUGGCUACUGGUGCUACUGGGGCUGCUGGAUCUACUGGGGCUACUGGGGCUACUGGGGCUACUGGGGCUACUGGGGCUACUGGGGCUACCGGGGCUACUGCGGCUACCGGGGCUACUGGUGCUACCGGGGCUACCGGGGCUACUGGGGCUACCGGGGCUACUGGGGCUACUGGGGCUACCGGGGCUACCGGGGCUACCGGGGCUUCUGGGGCUACUGGGGAUACUGCGGCUACUGCGGCUACUGGGACUACCGGGGCUACCGGGGCUUCUGGGGCUACUGGGGCUACUGGUGCUACCGGGGCUACUGGGGCUUCUGGGGCUACUGGGGCUACUGCGGCUACUGCGGCUACUGGGGCUACCGGAGCUACUGGGGCUACUGGGGCUACCGGGGCUUCUGGGGCUACUGGGGCUACUGCCGCUACUGGGGCUACCGGGGCUUCUGGGGCUUCUGGGGCUACUGGGGCUACCGGGGCUACUGGGGCUACUGGGGCUACCGGGGCUUCUGGGGCUACCGGGGCUUCUGGGGCUACUGCGGCUACUGCGGCUACUGGGGCUACCGGGGCUUCUGGGGCUACUGGGGCUACUGCGGCUACCGGUGCUACUGGUGCUACUGGUACUACUGGUCACAAGGCCGCGAGGGUCGCAGACACUCACGCCCGCCCCGCCGAUGA